UUGAAUCUUCACUUUACACAGCAAAUAUGAAGUUACAUUCACCAAGCUGUUUCGUUUAUUUUUUGUGUCUUUUGUGUCAAAGUAACCUUUUAUUUGUUUCAUCGCUUCCUCUACAAGUUACAUCCGCAUUACCAACUUUAUUAACAAAGGUGAACUCAUUGAUUCCACAUAAUUUUAAAACAACUGAAUGGUCAAGAAUUGACAAAUUUGAACCCAGAUUUUUGUCUAUUUGCCCUGUCUGUGAAGAUAAAAAUAAAAUUUCUUUCUCCGAGAGGCUUUUUUGGGAUGCUGUUGAGCAAGUCUUCAAAGCCCGUAAUAUCGUAGUUGGAACGAUUUCACGCCCUCUCAAUUGGUCAACUGAUACAUUUUUCACUGGUUUGGAAACAAUAUAUGCACUUGGUUUGCGACUCUUCCAUAAAGCAAGGGAAAUGUUCAAGUCUAAAUGUGAACUAGAUUCUAGCUGUGAACGGGAUUAACCUUUGUAGUCGAAUGUAAUUUCC